GUGAGGGAACCAGUGGGACCCUUAGGGUGAUAGUGGCUGAAUCUAGUGACUGGAAUAGGUCCAGGCUUGCUUUCCCCAAAGCCCUGCAAACUCGUUGGAGAUAAUUGUAUUCUUUUUUUGAAGGGGGGUGGGGCUGGAGGAGGUGGAAGUCUCUUGAGAGCCACCUAGAGUUUUAGUAGUAGCUCAGCAAUAAUCAGCUUCCUUCAGAUUGGCAAGACUUCCCUUUAUCUUUCUCCUCUUUUUCCAGUUCCACUGGAGGAAUUAAGGGAACUCCCUCCUCCUCGUCCCCGCCCCCUUCCUUUCGGUCUGCAGGUCUGUAGGUCCGUAGGUCUCUGUUCACAGACAUCUGGAGGGAAGAAAAAAAGGAGGAAGCUAUCCUGCAUUGUCUCAGGAAACGACCCAUCAUGCAAAAAUCCUGCAAAGAAAACGAAGGAAAGUCCAAGUGCAGCGUGCCAAAGAGAGAGGAAGAACGCCCCUAUGGAGAAUUUGAACGCCAGCAAACAGAAGGGAAUUUUAGGCAAAGGCUGCUUCAGUCUCUCGAGGAAUUUAAAGAGGACAUAGACUAUAGGCAUUUUAGGGAUGAAGAAAUGACAAGAGAGGGAGAUGAGAUGGAAAGGUGUUUGGAAGAGAUAAGGGGUCUGAGAAGGAAAUUUAGGGCUCUGCAUUCUAACUAUAGGCAUUCUCGUGGGGGUCCUUAUCCCAUUUAAUGCAUUUCUUCGCCCAGUUCAACUGUUUUCUUUGUUAAUAUUGCCAUCAUUGGUUCUUUUUGUCUGCCUUUUCUUGCUAAAUAUUUGCUACUAUUUUAUUUCAAUCCUUCAGUGUUCUUUUGAUUUAUACAUGACUCUUGUUACCAACACUUCAUCUUUUGACCCAAUCUCACUCAUUUAAUAGGGUUGUUUCAUUCGUUUGCAUGGGAAGAUGCUCAUUGUACAUUGUAAAGUGAAAAUAAUAUGCUGCAAAAUGAUAUAUAUAGAUCUAUCUAUAUAUAUCUUAUGUGUACAUUUAUAUAUAUCAUAAAUGCAAAAAAGUCUGAAUUAUUAUACACCAAAUGGUUAACUGUGAAUCUCUGUG